AUGGCGCAUCCAUACAGAGACGAUAACAGAGGCUAUCUUGGCCCACGGGACAGAAGCCAUAUACCUCGUGAUGGACACGAUGAACUGGAUGAACGAGACGGUCGUAUGUAUGACGACUACUCGCGCUCACGAUCGCCUGGCGAUCAAUCUCGCAACCACCAACCUGAAAUUCCCGACAACCAAGACACAAUGGGUAAACACACAUUCAACAGAGAGAAAGGCCAGCGUAGGUCACGGUCACCUCCACGACGAGGGAGGAACUCAUAUCGAGAUCGAGACCGGGAAGGCUACCAGUCGCCUGGGUACAGUGGCAACCGGAGCUUUAGUCGCAGCCGUAGCCGACAUGGCCAGCCUCAGUAUGGCCAAGAGAGCCUUGAUAUCAUGAUGGAGGGCUUCCCUGCCGACAUGACAGAAGAAGACGUUGCGACCGAGCUUCGCCAGGCAUACCGCAUUCCUCAGCUUAGCGAUAUUCGAAUCAUUCGGGAUCGAGAGACGAAGGCCUCUAGGCAGCUUGGCUUUCUUCGAUUUCACAACAUCGAAGAUGCCCGGGAGUUUUUAGAGCGAAACUUUCCACACAUCUAUCUCUACGGACCUACUGCCGAAAAGAGCACCAAAGUUCGUAUUGCAUACAGCCACGGCAAAGAAGAGAGAGUUCGUUCAAGUGAAGGUGACUGGACUUGCAGAAUGUGUAUGGCUGUCACCUAUGCCAAACGCUUCAGAUGUUACCGGUGCAAUGCUCCUCGGCCAGAAAUCCCGCCUCCCGGUGCUCCUGGGGUACCUACAACAAGAUCUGUGAAUACCGGUGACAAUGACGCAGCUUCUGACAAUCAGCCGUCUCAAUUUCUGCUUUUUCGAGGCCUGGAAUCUUCGGUCACCGAAGAAAUCUUUGCAAAAGGUGUUGCGAAACUGUACAGGCCAGGAUCUGGAAAUGAUGGCAGCUCUGGGAACCAAAAGAAAGGAGCAAAGGUCAUCUCAACAACUGGUGAUGCUAACCUAGGUGCUCGUGAAGGCACUAUUCGACGUGUCUUGCUCACUCGUGACCGCAAAACAAACGAAAGUUGGCGGUAUGGCUUUGCUGAAUUUGCAACCGUUAUGGACGCGCAAGCAGCCAUCACCCGUUUGCAUUCCUUCAACAAGUUCACUAUCUCCUCUCGGCCGGUGAUGGUUUCGUACAUCCACGCAGGUGUCUUUGUACCAGUUCUGCACCCGACAGCCUCCACUCAGAAGUUCACAUUCAGUCCCCUCAACAACUCGGCCUUGAAACUCAUGUAUUGGGAUGAUAACGCAUACGUAACCGAACUCCAAGUUUCAGCUGAAGAGGCCGCACCGAGCCAAAACAAAACCGAGAAAUCUACUGGGAAUCAAGAGGGUUCUAAGGCAACCAAGGAGACCGAAAAGGCCAAGAAGCGAAAGGCCGAGCCUGUCGAUAUGGAAAAGGCAAAGAAGCUUGCCAUGCCAUCCCAACUUCAAUUCUGGAGUAACCGUCACGCGGAGCUCCAUGGGAUUCCUCAAGAGGGUGAUGGAGCCCUUCCUGAUGAAGGCCCACAGCAUGGCGGAAUCCCUGAAUCUGAAGGUCCACCUACCCAAUCAUACGCAGACCCGAAUCGAAACUGCUGCUAUCUCUGUAUGACCAUGUUCAAAUCGGCAGCCGAAGUUAAUCGACAUGAGCGCCUUAGUGAGCUUCACCGGAAAAACCUCCAGGACGAAGCUUGCAAAACUCGCGCCAUGGCGAAGUUGGUUAAACACGGAAUCCUGCAUCAAGCUUCCGCGGAAUAUCGGGAUCGUGCGAGAGAACGCCGGAAGACUUACGGUCUGGCAAAGACUGGAUUCUCACUCAAACCAGCCGCACCAAAGGAAAAGGAAGAGGCUCCGGUGCAGUCUAACUCCAAGGGUGCUUCUCUUCUCAGCAAGAUGGGUUGGUCAGAAGGCUCUGGACUGGGCGCACAAGGAACAGGUGUUACGGCCCCAAUCGCCACCGAGGUCUACGCACAGGGUGUCGGGCUGGGAGCACAAGGAAGCAAGCUGGGCGAUGCAGUUGAGGAAGCAGGACGGAACACUCGGGGUCGCUACGAUGAAUUCCUGGAGAAGACCAGGGAGACUGCCCGUCAACGAUAUGAUCAGAUGAACAAGUGA